CCUGUCCCUGGAUGGAGUGGCAGGCCAUCCUACAAGCACCCGGACACUUGGCAUCAGUGGUGUCAAGACAACUCCAAGAAGGUUUUCCGUGAUCCUGCAAGCCGGUAUGUUCCUUCCUGGUGAUCCUGCCUUCAAUUUGAUUGCACAGGUACCACAGCAAGCCAGUGCUGUGUGCUCCAAAUUCCAGGGCAUCCUCCAGCUCAGCCACUGCACUGAGCACAAGGAAUCUCUUUGGGGCCCAGGAGCAGGGAGUCACCCCUUUGGGACGCACAACACCCGGCGGUCCCCAGACUCGUGUCCAGGGAAGAUCGUGUUGAAGGCCCUUAAGGAGAGCGAGGCGGGGAUGCCUGAGCAGGACAAGUACCCCAGAGUCCAAGAGAAUCCUGAUGAUCAGAGAAGGGUCCCCGUGGUCACCAGGGAUGCAGAGUCUGCAUUUAGGCCCCUGCAGGACAAUGGAGGCCCCUCUCCUUUUGUGCCCAGGCCUGGGCCACUGCAGAGAGACCUCCAUGCCCAGAGGUCAGAAGUCAGAUAUAACCAGAGAUCCCAGACCUCCUGGACGAGCUCGUGCACCAAACGAAAUGCCAUCUCAAGCUCCUACAGCUCCACGGGAGGCUUCCCGUGGCUAAAGCGGAAGGGGCCAGCCUCAUCCGACUGUUAGCAGACCCUCAGUUCCUCAAAGAUAGUGAGUGAGGCCAGGCCUCAGGCUGUCCCUUCGGAUCACACCCAGUGUGAAAAGGUGGCAGACACAGCACCAGGGCAGACACUCGCCCCGAGGACUGGCUCCCCCAGAUCCCAGGCCUCUAGGCCCCGUAGACGCAAGUUUCCCCUGCUGCCACACAGGCGAGGGGAGUCUCUGGGGUUCUGGGUCCCUGCUGAAGACCUGGACCUGGAGAAGGAGGUGGGAUUCCAGUGCAUCAACAGUGGACCGCGGGGUGAGGCCAAGGCCAUCUGGGACUGCAGACCCUCCUGGCCUUCCCACACUUUGUCCUCACUUGAAACUGGGACUUCUGGUCUGCCUGCUGUUUCUGAAGCACCGAGCAUGGAUGCACAGCAGGAGAGAGACAAGUCCCAAGACUCCCGGGGCCCAGUGGCCCCCCUAGCAUCUGCUGCAGAGGCUCCCUCUACAGCUCCUGUGUCUGGGAAGAAGCACAGACCACCAGGCCCCCUGUUCUCCUUCUCAGAUCCCCUUCCUGCCACCUCUUCCCACUCCCAGGACUCAGCCCAGGUCACCUCGCUGAUUCCUGCCCCCUUGCCAGCUGCAAGCAUGGAGGGCAGCAUGAGAAGCCCAAGGCCUGGCACUUCUGGAGCCAGUUCCACCCCUGCAGCCACACCCAUGGGCUUUGGGAGCAGAGAGGCAGCCCCACCUCUGAGUUCCCACAGAAGAAAACAGAGCUGUUUGGGACAGCCCAUGUGUCAGUCCAUGUACUGCUUCUUGGGAAGACACCAGAUUGGGCAGAACAGCACACGGCACUCGCGAGGAGGGCAGAACCCAGUGUGGACCCUUCUGCCUGUGGGAGGGGCUGCUGAGGCCUGCGGAGAGGCCAGGGUGGAGGCUCGUCCCCUUGUCCAGCCCUUGGUGUGGUCUCUGCCAGGUCCCCAGCCCACCAGUGCAGGGCGCCCCUGA